AUGAGUUUUUCCUCCGCAUUUUACGACUUAAAGAAAAAAACAGUCGAUGGAAAAUCGACGGCGUCUCCUGAUUUAGAAAUCAAAGAGAGAACACACGAACGGUCGCUCUCUUCUGAACGGACACGGAGAAACACAAUAUCUGACUCGGGUCUAAAAAAGUUAGUGGACAUCUCGAGUAUCACUGUACACAUAACAGAGAGUGAGAUGCCGAGUGUACUCAAGUUACAAAGUGUGUGUAAGACUUUUGUAGCGAAGAAGGGAUAUGACAUCGAUACCUUAGAAAUGCGAUUUGAAGCCAUUAAAGAGUUGUACGAGACCGAAGUGUCCUUUCACCAGAAGAUGAUCUUACUCAACACCCACUUUCGGAUACCAUUCAUGCAAAUGAAAGACCAAAACACCAUCCCGUCGAGGUCCUUCGACAGAGUUUUUUUAACUCUCGAAGACUUAGUCAUGUGUUCCAAAAUGUUUAUCGACAAAUUGGAACCAGUUAUCACACAUUAUUCAUACAACGCAGCACUCGGACCACUAAUGGAAGGCUUACUUGCAAAUGUGUGGCCAUACAUUCGCUUCUCGAUCGAUUACAACAUCGCGCAAACGGAAUUAAAAUUCCUGAAAACGUAUCCUUGUGUGUUGAAAUUGUUGCGCGAGAAGUCGAAUGAACCAACCCUUGAAAAUCAAGCAAUAGAAGGACUUCUUAUUCAACCCGUGCAACGUAUUAUGCGGUACCCUAUCAUCCUCAAACAAAUCUUAAAGAUGACUCCAAAGAGUCACAACGACUACAAAUCGCUCUUCGAGGCAAAUGCAGACUACACCUUUUUCAUUCACGAGGUCAACGAGCGCGCAAAACGUCGAGACAAGUUAGUCGAAGUAUCGCAAAUCCUCAACGAUGCGAAUUUGAUCCAACCUUGGCGUUAUUUCCUCAAAGAGAGUAAAUUGUCGGUCAAUGGAAAACAUCGUGUUGUCUAUCUUCUCAACGAUUUAGCUUGUUGGGACGACAUCAAAUUCCUUCUCGACAACAAAGUCAAAGUCGAGACUCCAAAACCGACUACAGUCGUCCUCACACGUAUUCACGACACUCUCACACUCAAAUUCGAAGAUGAAAAAGAGGCAAAAGACUGGAACUUAGCCUUCACCGACAUUAUUAAAAACAACAAAUGGAAGACAAAUAACGAGAAAAAUUGGUUUGAGAAUCUCUGCAAGUUCAAAGAUACGUGGAGAAACAUUUAA